UUAAAAUUGUAUCGAUGUACAGGGUGUAUACUAUGAGUGGAGUAAACUCUGCUGCGGCGGGAGGAGCCUACAGAGCACUACAUUUGUACAAAGGAGGAACUGAAAAGAUACCGUACAGUGAAGUUGUACAAGACAUUACUGAAGCACAAAUUCUCGCGGCUGAACCAAAUAGGGAUGCUGAAUCUGUGUACCGUCCUCUGAUAGCGAGGUACAGAGAACUGGAGAAAACCAUUGUACAGAAGUUUAACAAUUUGUCUUAUAGUAGUACAUAGAGUACAAAGAGUACAUGGAGUACAGAGAGUACACAAUAUUUUGUAAAUUAAUAAAAUUAGAUUUCUAUUUUUAUAUCCCGGUGUUUUUGUAACUAUGAAUAUUUUU